UAUUUUCACUGGUUUCUAAUAGAUGACACGGGAGGUCUGAGUUAAAGAAAGAAAGGAAGAUAGAAUUGGAAGUCCGGAGAUGGCUAUGGUUUCUCUACCCUCGCCUCUCUUCACUUGGCCCAAAGUUUACCAUGGAAAAACUGCUAUUCGGGUUUCGGGUUUCUCAAACAGUACACCAGAACCUAUUGAAGCGAGAAAUCCCAGGGUGUUUGAUAAUCUGUUCCUUAGUCUAUUCCGGAACAAAAUGGUCCAGGAGACAGGAUGGGACUCCGAAAAGCCGGGGUACGAGGGUCUAAUUGAAGUGGCGCAUCGUCUGACGGUUGGUCAAGACAAUUCCAAAACUAGAGAUGCCGCGGUUCGGAUAUUGAGAUCAUUAUUUCCUCCUUUGUUGUUGGAGCUCUACCGGAUGCUUGUUGCACCUAUAGAUAGUGGUAAAUUUGCAGCCUUGAUGGUCGCAAGGGUGACUGCAUUAUCUUGUCAAUGGCUUAUGGGUCCAUGUGCUGUUAACUCGGUGGAUCUUCCUAAUGGUUUCUCUUUGAUGAGUGGGGUUUUUGUGGAGAAAUGCAAGUAUUUGGAAGAGAGCAAAUGUGUGGGUGUAUGUAUUAAUACAUGUAAACUCCCUACACAGACUUUCUUCAAGGAUCACAUGGGAGUUCCAUUGCUGAUGGAGCCAAACUUCACCGAUUAUAGCUGUCAGUUCAAAUUUGGGAUUCUUCCUCCUCAGCAAGAAGUUGACGACGCUCUUAAAGAGCCAUGCUUGGAGAUAUGCCUCAAUGCUGUUCGUCGAAAAGAAAUGAACCACAUGGAUGCACACAAGUGUCCAAAAGCAUGAAAUCUGCUCAUUCUGUUAAUCUCUUAAUUAUCCUGCCGUUGUACUAUCUUGAGUACCAUUGCUAGGUCUGGUUAAUGUGACUACACAAUGAUAUUUCAGCCAUGUUAUCAAUGAGGUCCAUAGUUUGUCCUUCACACUUGGGCAUGUGAUAUGAUCACAUUGAAUUUUUUAAGAUUGUAUUUUUUUCAUAAAUAUGAAAACCCCACAAGCAGGGGCGGAGCUACAUGGAGCACAGGGGUUCGGAUU